CUUAUUAUGUAUAAAGAUAUAAAAGCAGCCUUUGCUUCUUACAAAUCUACAAAACCCAAUUUCUAAUCAAGUUGUAAGGAUCAUAAGCCAUGGUUGUCUCUACCUUCACACAAGAAUACACUUCUCCAGUUGCCCCAUCACGUAUGUUCAAGGCCUUAAUUCUCGACUCCAACAUUUUGAUUCCAAAGCUCUUACCCCAAUUCAUCAAAAGCGUGGAUGUAAUCCAAGGUAGUGAAGGGACUGGGACCAUUGAACAAGUCAACUUCACUGAAGCAAGCGACUUGAAAUAUGUGAAGAAUCGGAUUGAAGAGCUAGAUAAAGACAAUCUUGUGUGCAAGUAUACUCUGAUUGAGGGAGAUCCUCUGGGGGACAAGCUUGAUUCUAUUGCUUAUGAGGUCAAGUUUGAGGCAGCAAGUGAUGGAGGCUCAAUUUGCAAGAUCACAAGCAAUUAUAUUACUAUCGGAGAUUUUACCAUAGAAGAAGAAGCCAUUAAGGAUGGCAAGGACAAAGCUCUAGGAAUAUACAAAGUUGUUGAAGCCUACCUCUUGGAGAAUCCUCAUGUCUAUGCUUAAUACUUUCUUUUACCAUGUGAUUCAUUAUAUUUAUACAUUCCCCUCAACUUUUGCCAGGGCAAAAAUAUAACUUUACAUCCAUAUGGUUGUAAUUGUGACGAAAAAUAAGAAAUUAUUCCAUUAAAAAUCAUUAUAUUAAA